GGCGCAGAGCGCUGCACAGUCGCGCUCAGUCGCUCGGCAGCCGUAGCUCCGCCGCCACGUCGUUCGCAUCGCGUACACGCACGUGCCCACAGUUCGCAUAGUCAGUGUUGUCGCGCGCGCGCGCGCGAGCGUUCUCUCACUCGGCUCCACGACCGUGAUAACACACGUACCCACACGCACGCAAGCAAGCACGAACGGAUAUCGAGUGGCAGCAGUCGCCGUAUUAGUGUGCAAGUGCAGAGAUGAACUCUGGAGUUGAGUGUGGCAGCAGCAGCAGCAGCAGCAGCAGCAGCAGCAGCAGCAAAGCUGACGGCACCAGGAGUACUUCGCGUCCUUCGUGCCUGCGAAGCUGAAUCAUCCAGCCUGCGAGACGACAAACGCUACGCGCACGACAAAAGACAAAAGCCCAGCGAGCCGGAGCCUCUUCGAGCCUCUUCCGAGAAGCGUGGAAAGUGAGAAUCGGGGAGGAAGGAGAGCGAAGAAGGAGCAGACGCAGAAGAAGAAGAAGAAGAGGCAGAAGGAGCAGAAGAGGACAGCCGCCCGCUAGACGGAGCAGCAGCAACCGCCGUCGCCACCGCCGCCGCCGCUGCCGCCGCCAGUCGCCCAGCAGCCCCGAGCGAGACAGCGCCCAAGCCGCCGGCGAGCGCCGUGUUAUGAAAUUGCUGUCAAACAUCCAGCUGCCGCAGCUACCGCCGGUCUCCGCGGCCAGCAGCGGCAUGGCGGGCAUGGACUCGCGCAUCCCGCCGGGCAUCUCGCUGCCCUUCAGCCCCACCGACCUGCUCUGGCGCUACGGCCCGGCCAUGACCUUCUCGCCUACGGCCCACCCGCCGCCCAGUCCGCUGCUCGACUUCAAGACGCACCUACCCAGCACGCUCGCGUCCGACCCGAGGCUGUGGUCCCGCGAGGACGUGGCGCAGUUCCUGCGCUGGGCCGAGCGCGAGUUCGACCUGCCCAAGUUCGACAUGGACGUGUUCCAGAUGAACGGCAAGGCGCUCUGCCUGCUGACCAAGAGCGACCUUGGCGAGCGCUGCCCCGGCGCCGGCGACGUACUGCACAACGUGCUCAACAUGCUGGCGCGCGACUUCAGCCAGCUGCAGCGCUGCCUGCCGGGCUCGCCGGUCACGCCGACGCGGCCGUCGGCCGCCUACCCGCUCAGCCCGCACUCGCACCCGCCCACGCCCACCUGGGUCGAGAGCCCCUACGCCGCCAACCUGGCCUCGCUCAUGUCGGCCAACUCGGUCACGCUGUCGCCGGCGCCCUCGGUCGACAGCCAGGCCGGCUCGCCCGGCCACGCGUCCGCCGACAACAACCACAACCAGCUGUUCAAGGGCAGCGCCGAGUCCGACGAGGACAACCAGCACAGCGGCUCCGGGGGCAGCAGCGGCAGCCCGCCCGCCACGCCCACCGCCCUCGCGGCCCAGCGCCUCAGCGAGGUCUGCGUCAAGGACCAGCUCAGUCCCACGCUGCCGGCCUCGCACCAGAUGAUGCCGCUCACGCCCGGCGCCUUCAGGCCCGCCUCCGCCUCCGCGGCCAGCGGCGCGCGCGAGUUCUUCCCCAGCGACUCGCCCGAGCCCAAUACCAACGGUCGGCUGCUCUGGGACUUCCUGCAGCAGCUGCUCAACGACCCGUCGCAGCGCUACACACACUACAUCGCUUGGAAAGACCGGGAGACCGGCGUCUUCAAGAUCGUCGACCCGCCGGGCCUCGCGCGCCUCUGGGGCAUCCAGAAAAACCACCUGUCCAUGAACUACGACAAGAUGAGCCGAGCCCUGCGCUACUACUACCGCGUCAACAUACUCAGGAAGGUCCAGGGCGAGCGCCACUGCUACCAGUUCCUGCGCAACCCCACCGAGCUCAAGAACAUCAAGAACAUAUCGCUGCUGCGCCAGCAGAUCAAGUCCUCGGAGAUCCGGAUCAAGUCCGAGCUCGACGAGGAGGCCCUGCUCGCCGGCGGCAGCGCCAUGGAGCCCGAGAUCGACAUGCCCACGGAUCUGUCCAUGUCGAGCAUGAACGCCCCCCCGUCCGCGGACCCGCUCGGCCCGCCGGCGCACCCGCAGCCGCUGCCGCUCAGCGACCCGCCGCUCAAGUAUAGGAGCCACGCCUACAGCAUGAUGAAGGCCGAGCAGCAGGACCGAGCUGAGGAGAGGAAGUGACGCGGUGCCUGAGACGCAGCCGCCUUCUCCGACGUUGCUCACCUCGCCGCCGUCGAUUGACUCUCCAGGGCCGGCUCGACGAACCGAGUGCCCCCGUGAGACGACGCAGUCAUUGUGACGCUGCAGCCUCCUGCCGGCGGAGCCCGAUGCUCGACCAGCGAGACACGCAGACGUAGAUGCGCAAAGAACAAGAUUUAGACACAGACAGAGAGAAGAGAGAGCAGAAGUGCACGUCUUCUGCCUACUUUCUUCGAUUCGCUCGUCGUUUCUUUUUUCUUUUUUUCUUGUUUUCCCUUUCUUUGCGUUUUUCUUUUUUUUUUUUGUAACUACUUUCUUUCACGUUUGUUCAUUCGUUUGACGACAACGUGUCUCCUCGAAUCGUCGCGUUGCAACGAGGAGGACCAAAGUGCAAUGCUCGCUUGAGAGACUUGUCUACAAGUCAAGCAAGGAUAAUCACGAAUUCUUCCAUUACCAAGUACAACGCUAUUAAAAGCAUAUGCAAGCCACUCAAUCAAGCGCUCUGUGUGUGCGAGUGUUUUUUUUUUUUUAUUAUUAUUUUUGUUGCGACCCCCUCGUGGAACGAGAGAGACUGGAGCCUGAUACAACUACCACACUACUAAAGCCACACACUGAAGAAGAAAAAGAAGAAGAAGAUGAUGAAGAAGAAGAUGAAGAAGCUGAAGAUGAAGAAGCAGCACCCAGUGCGGAAGGGAAAAGAAGAAAUGCAACCGGUUGGUGCUUCACUCACGCGUUUUUUUUUUGACUGCUGCCAUCGUCGGAAUAUAAUACGCCGAGUACAAGUGUAGAACCUUUCGCUACAACGAACCGCAAGUCAACAAUAUGUACAACACGUGGAGAGCUGCUGUUGCGCGACCGACACACGCGCUCACCAAGUGUCCAGCGUAUUUUGUUCUUCGGAGAGAGUCGAGACUUUGGUUUAAUAGUUUUUCUUACGACUUUUUUUUUCUUUUUAUUUUGUAUUUUCUAUUAAUUUCUUCUCUUUAUUUGUUGAUAUUUUUUAAUUAUUUUUUCGUUGUCACAGGAAAAACAACACACGAAAGUGUUUGUGUUACCGGCAACGAGAGAUUCAGCCAUUGUUCGCGUUAUAAAUUAUUGAUUAUCUGCUCAUUGAUUUGCUGUGCGCCAACUCGCCAACGCUGCAAUGAGACAGACAGAGAAAAACAUUGUACAGUGGGUCGAGUUCAAGCGAUAGCGCGUGUGAUUGGGUUAGCAUGGGUGAUAUUACGUAGAUUAUAGUAAAAGUAUAGUAAAAAAAAUGAAUCAUUUGUGUGCCAAGAACAAUAAAUUGUUGUUAUUGUAAGACGUGUACGACGACGGAAAAUUUUCAACUUCGGUCUCCGAUCAAUGGUGCGAAUUUUCAACGGACGAGACAAACCACAUGCGUGUCUACAUUGUAAUCGAUUAUACUCUUAUAGAAAUUCGUAAGUUGUACAUAAGUUACUUGCUAUAGGGCAGAGAUGAAGGAAAGCUAAAAGGAUAUCUAUCGUACGGAGAAAAAAUAGAAGGAAUUUAUGGAAAUUUGGGGCCAGAGUUAUACAUAAAUUUAUACAUAUAUAAAUAUAUAUAAAGUAAACAUGAUAUAUAUUUUACUACCAAAAUUUAUAUUCGAAAUUUCUACGUCGUUACUGGGUGUGCGAUAAUGUGGCUUACAUUCCACGACCAGGCUUUUGCACUGGCUCGACCAACUAUUUCGGUGCAAACAAAUUUAUAGAUUACCCGCGUUAGUGGCAAUUCAGAGUAAUAAUACAUUUUCAAUGUAAUUAUGUAUUGUAUUUUUUCACGGAUUUUGAUAAUUUUCUUAAAGAAAAAAAAUUAACUGUGAAAGUUUGUACAAAGUUUCUUUAUGCUUUGUAGAAGAGGUCUACAAAUUCAUGUUGUCAUAGAUAGAUGUUUAUUUAAAGGCCAAAUAUGAAUUUUCUAUGCUUGGAAUUGUAAAUUAUGAGAUAAAUUUGAUGAAAGCCAUUUUCUUUUUAUCGAGAAAACUUCAUUGCUUAAAUUGUGAUAAGCAAAAACUAUUAUUUUUAUUCACACAAAACAAUAGGCUUCGCGUAAUCGUCUAUGGAAAAUUCUUAUUGAGAGGCUUAAGUGAUUUACUGGAGAAUUGAAAAUUGUAUCUGGCUACUUGUGUACUGUGAUCUCUGUAAGCUAAAAUCUGCGAAUAUGUAUAUAAUUAGAUUGGAUCGGAACAGAUGUUAAUUGAAAAAAUAAAUAAUUGUAUACCUUUUCAAGAGAAAAAAGAAAUUAAAGUUGUGAAUCGAAUAAGAUACGACACACACAUGCACUUGCGUGUAUGCUUAUAAAAGUUACUUUCAGUUCUUGUUUGCAAAGUGUAAAUAAUUUAUACUCGAGAAUCGGUGUACAAGGAAAGCACUACUGGCAUAUAUUAUAGAUCUUAGGUAUGAUAAUGUUUACCCUAAAAGGGUGAAUGCGGUGAAAAGAGUUUAUAUUGACUAAACAUAAGUGAGAAAAGUGUAUAAAAAAUAUAAUGCCUGUAAAAUUUUAGAAUUAGAAUCAUUUUAUUAUAUUAUAUAAAUUGUUACUGAAAAAUUACUAGAUAAAAAUGUUGUAAAUAUAGACUUAUUUACUUAUUAAGAUUACCCACGACUUUAUUAUUUCUACCUAGGUCUAAUUAUUGGUAAAUGUCGUAAACGAAACAAUCUUUUUUAGCAAAGUAUUUUUGUUAAAAAAAAUGUUUAUUGAACAUAAUUACAUAUUUACACAACUACUGGAAAAAUACAAUAUCAUCUGCUAUAACUGA